CCGGAGAGAAACCGUACAUGUGUUCACACUGUGAUAAGAGAUUCAGUCAGUUAAGUUCACUGAAAUCACAUGAGAAGAUUCACACUGGAGAGAAACCUUACAAGUGUUUGCAGUGUGGAAAGAGAUUUAGUUGGUCGGUAAGCUUGAAAAUUCAUGAGAAGGUUCACACUGGAGAAAAACCUCACAAGUGUUUGCAGUGUGGAAAGAGAUUUAGUUGGUUGGUAAGCUUGAAAUCGCAUGAGAAAGUUCACACUGGAGAAAAACCUCACAAAUGUUUACUCUGUGGAAAGAGAUUCAGACGAUUAGGAAGCCUGAAAAUACACAAGAGGAUUCACACUGGAGAGAAACCGUUCAAGUGUUCACACUGCGACAAGAGAUUCAGUCACUUAGAAAGCCUGAAAUUACAUGAGAGGAUUCACACUGGAGAGAGACCUUACAUGUGUUUCCAGUGCAAGAAGACAUUCGGUAGGUUAGGACAACUGAAAAGACAUGAGAGGAUUCACACCGGAGAGAAACCGUACAAGUGCUCACACUGCGACAAGAGAUUCAGUCGAUCAGAAAGCCUGAAAAGACAUGAGAGGAUUCACACCGGAGAGAAACCGUACAAGUGCUCACACUGCGACAAGAGAUUCGGUCGAUCAGAAAACCUGAAAAAACACGAGAGGAUUCACACCGGAGAGAAACCUUACAUGUGUUUCCAGUGCAACAAGAGAUUCAGCCAGGCAUGGCAUCUGAAAAAACAUGAGGCGAUUCACACUGGAGAGAAACCUAACUAGUGUUCACAUUGCAACAAGAGCUUCAAUCAGUUACAAACUCUGCAAAAUGGAGAGAAAGCGUUCACAUGUGAUCAGCAUCUGAAGAGUUUCACCUCCACAACUUCAAACAUUGGGUUAAAUUAGGCUCUCUAGUCUCCGUGUUCAGUUCAUUUCUUCCACUGUAUCUGUUCACCUCCGGAAACGGAACCAACCCAUUCCAGAUCAAAUCGACAGUUUGGCUGGUUCUGCACACACCUCACAAAUUCAAAGUGACAACAUCCCAAACUUUAUUUGACAUUUUCUAAGAAGGAUCAGAGCUUAGGUCCUGCUCAGCUCAUAAAUUCCUCUCACAAAGAACAAACCACAACCAUGCAAGCAGAAACAGUUUCAAGACAUCUUCUAUCGAUGGGGGAAAACAUGUACAAGCUACACUACAAAAGCACAAAUGGCACCAUCUUUAAGCCAGGAGUACACACAGUGCGAUUUCUGCUGUUGAACAAGCUUAUAUAUGAUUUCUUACCACGGCAGAAGUCAUGGAUAUCAUUGACGCUCAUACGGUCAUGUCUCGUAACGCAUGAAUGGAACUUUAGAGCAGAGCUGAACAGUUAAAAGUUUGGUUAUAUGAGUCGAUCCGUCAAUCUAUCUGGAGUUUAAUCACAUGUCAAAGAAGGAGGAGUUCCAGACACCCACACCAAUUACGUGAUUGACAUGGACCAAUGGCAGCCCAAAUGUGUUUAGGAGCCAAAACAAUCUCGACCAAAAAGUUGUGAGCUGUUUCAAACUGGUGAAACCGUCUCAAAGCAAUUUCAUUAAGCAUGACAUCAUUUCAGUUCGUUCUUCCAUUUCCGUUUAAGCAAUUUCUUUUGCAGGCAAUACAACAAAUAUUAUUUAAUGUGUUCCUCAUGAUUUUUAGUGUUUUUAGGGAUUUUUUUUGGUUCUUGCAACACAUUUAAAAAAAAAAAGUUGGAACAGUAAAGCAUUUAUCAAUUUGUAAUGUUUCUAUUCCUUUUAACAACACUUAAAAUACAUUUAGGGACUGAAGACACCAAGUGAUGAAGUGUUUCAGCUGUAAUUUUGUCCUAUUUUUCCUGCAAACAAGUCUUAAGGUGGGCUACGGUACAGGGUCUUCAUUGUAACAUUUUGCUCUUCAAAAUGCGCCACACAUUCUCUAUUAGAAACUGGUCGGGACUGCAGGUAGGCCAGUCAAGUAUCUGAAACCUCUUCCUCUGCAGCCAAGACUUUGUAAUGUGUGCAGAAUGUAGUUCCCUGAAAAAGAAGGCAGCAUAUUGCUCCAAAAUCUCCAUGUACUUUUCAGCACUAAUGGUGCCAUCACAGAAGUGCAGGUUACCUUUGCCAAGGGCACUGACAAAACCCCAUACAAUGACAGACCCUGGCUUUUGGACUUGCUGGUAACAGUCUGGAUGAUCAUUUUCUUCUUUGGGUCAGAGUCCACAGCAUACAUUUCUCCCAAAAAAAUACCUAAAAAUACUGAUUCUUCAGACCACAGUACAUGUUUCCACUGUGUGAUUGUGCAUCCCAGAUGCCUCCGAGCCAAGAGAAGUUGACUGCGCUUCUGGACACUGUUAACAUAGGGCUUCCUUUUGGCCCAGUACAGUUUUGACUGGCAUUUGUGCAUGUAACUACAUAUUGUGGUACUUGACAACGGUUUGCCGCAGUAGUCCUGAGUCCAUGUGGUGAUCUCGCUUAUAGAUGAAUGAGGAUUCUUGAUGCAGUGCAGCCUGAGGGAUCGAAGAUUGCAGUUGUUUAGCUCAGGCUUGCACCCUUUACGUACUGAAAUUCCUCCAGAUUUCUUAAAUCUUUUAAUGAUGUUCUGCACUGUUGAAGGUGAAAUAUCCAAAUUUCCUCUUCUCUUUCUUUUGAGGAACAUUGUUUUUUAACAUUUCAAUCAUUUUCUCAGGUAUUUGUUGUCAAACUGGUGAUCCUCUGUCCAUCUUUGCUCUUAAAGGACUAGACCUCUCUUGAAUGCCGUUUUUGUACCAAAUCAUAAUUACAAUCACCUGUUGACAUCACCUAUUUUAAAUCACAUCAAUAUUUAACCAAUUUACCUGAUUACCAGCCCUAAGUUCCUCCUGUUCCAACUUUUUUUGAAAUGUGUUGCAAGAACCAAAAUUGUAAUAUGUGUUUAUGAAAAAGAAAUCAUGAAGAACACAUUAAAUUAUGUUUGUUGUAUUGCCUGCAAUGAAAUACAAGUCAACGUAAUUUUAGAAAUCGCAAAAUUUUUAUCUGCCUCACUAUACUGUCUCAACCUUUUCUGAUUUUGGGUUAUACAUAACAUGUCUUAGCCAUGUUUAGUGAGCUAAUUGCGUUUUCUAGUGGACAAUCAGAGCUCUUAUCUUACUAUUAUCGCUCUUAUUAUUUGAGCCCUUUAUUUAGAAAAGCCUUAAGGGCAUCAUACACAGGAUGCAUCGCUCGGCAACGAGUCAUGCAUUUGAAAAUUCUAAACAAAGGUUUCUAUCAGGGUACACACACCGGCGCCGCAAGUCAGCGGCUGUUUGCGGUGCCCAGCUUUGACUCGGGAGACUCUUUAUAUUACUGCCGCCCCAAAGAGCGCUAUCUGAUUUGUUUCAUUUUAAAUAGCGUGCAAAUUUGCGCGUCUGGUGUGCGAUACUUCUAACUGUCAUGUGCGGACCGUGUCGUGACGCAUCCCAUGUGCGACCUGCAUUAGGGGCUGUUCACAUAUCUUUGCAUACGCAAGUUCGUUAUUUCUAAUAGAGGUGUGCUGCUUGCAGAUUCCAGGCGCACCUAGUUAAAAGCAUCGCCACUUUUCAAAAUUCCAAUGGUGCACUGCAAGCCAUGUGACAAGAACGACCAAUCAGAUUCAUACUUUGAAUGCAAUAUACACAUUUCAAUAGAUUAAUUACCUCAGUCAAACACAGAAAACCCAAACAUCACAGUGCUUUUACAUUUUCUCCAUGAAUAAAUCUUGUUUUAUAAUCCUCUGAGAUAACAGUUGAUGGUCGCAAAUCGCUUUUCACACGCUUUUAAAUGUGAUAUGUGAGCGGCCCCUUGGCCUUUUUUCUUUAUUUUUAUUUUUAGGAGUGAUCAAUUAUAUAAAAUUAAGAGAUUUAAAUGUCAUGUUAUGCUUAUCUUUUGCUUUAUUAUUAUUUAGUGAAAUAUUUAAUCCUGGUGCAUUUGUGAGAGUUUUCUACAGUGUAAUGGAUUAAUUUUAUCAGUUAUCAAUGAAUGGUAAAAUUUAGGAAAUUGUGGAGCAGGAAAUUAUAUUACUAUUACUUUUCUCUACUUAUGAAACUUUGUGCGUGCCUUUUUAUACAGAAUUGCUUUGUAGCACAAGUUUAUUAUAGUAGCUCCAUAUUCUGUUGUAAAUGUGUUUUUCAAUUUGGCUUGUGUGGAAAUUACUGCUGUUAACCAACCUAAAUGUAACCUCAUUUCUAUCAUUGGUAGAAUAAAUUUGGUACUAAAUGUUUGCUAUUUUAGGUUAGUUAGAAUUACCUAAAUGAUUUGCUAAAUGUCAGAAUAAUACGAGAAUUUUAUUAGUUCCUAGACAGUCGAAAGUUUAAACACAUUUCCUUGGUAUUUUUUUUAGCUUUGCUAUAAAACUAUAUAACUUUGGUCAAAUG